CUCUUGUUUGUGACAUUUGACAGACCCAGCUCACGGAGCAGAAUAUUUUGUCGUAAAAUUUUGUCCGCUGCGGUAUAAAAGUGUUCCCGUGUUCACUGUGAAACAAUUUGUGAUAAAUAGUUGGUGUAUUUAAUUUUCCAACAUGGAACCCACGAAGUUGCAAAGCGAGGAUUUUAAAGAGCAGGUGAGCAAAAUUAGUUCCUCCCAUGCAACUGAAGGAAGAGAAAUGCACAGGGAUAACGAGUCGAUUGACGAUUUUGAGCACUUAGAACCGGAAUCGUCGCCUGUGAAGGAGUUUCAAGAGCAAGGACCGCAGAAUAAGGAGGAAAAGCCACCAGGCGAGGAGCUGGAAGUUGAUACUGAUACAAGUCACGUUGCCUCUGGGGUAAGCCAAAACACGUCAGAUUUCUCAUUCCAGCCAGCACCAAAACUUGAAUCUACCUUGGAUGACAAAUAUAAUUUGCAGUUUGGAGAUGAAGAGCGCAGGUCAGCUGCCGACACUCUGGUUAGUUCUCGAAAGUCAUUGCUGAGUGCCAGUGAUGUUGCUGAAUACUCUAAAAUAUUUCGAGAGAUGUCGUUUUCACGGCAACCUCACGAUAUGUUAGGAUUUUCAACAGAAACUUCUGUUAAACCAGAAACCGAGUCACUGAUUUCAGGAGGUGAAAAACUUGAUUCAAAAUUUGAGUCAGAAUUUGAUAUUGGUAAGUUAAGCAAUCAAAAAGAACUCUCCCAGGCCUUUAUGGAUACAGAACGAAAGGACAUCUUAACAGAAGGGACUAGCAGCCAUAAAGAUACUCAUAGCAAGUUCCCAGAAGAUGUGGAUUUCAUACAAUCUGAAUCAAAACAAACAGAUGUUCCUGAAUUGGAUGUUGGUAAUCUUCCAUCUGAGAAUUACCCAACUGAUGACCUUGCUUCUUCCAUUUCUCAUGAAGACAUUAAAGGUUCUGAUAUUCCACUGAACCCACUGAAGUCAGAUAUUGAACACAAAGAAAAACUUUCUGAUGAAAUUGGUUCUUUGAAGUCUUCUCUCAGUGCCCAGGAAGAUGAUCUGCUUUCACAAGAGGAACCAGAACCCAAGGAUGAGCCCACACCUGUACCUGCCUUGGCCCAACCUAAAUUGACCCCAAGUGCUCCCGAACCUCUCAAACCAGUUGCAGUUGUUCCGGGUCCAAGUCUGAAACCAGAGACAAUUGCGGCUGUGGAACCUGACAAACCAAGCAACAAAUCUACAUCUCCAGCAUCCCCUUUGAAGACUAAACCAGCAGUGAAUGAUAGUGAGUUGGAAGAAAUCAAACCAAUUCAACUCUUCCAUUACAUGGGACUAGAUGCCUGGUUUAAACCUGACAGGCUGCACCCCAGGGUGGUGGAGCUAGUGUACUGGCGUGACCCCAAGAAGUCUGGGAUUGUUUUUGGCACUGUGUUGGGAGUCCUGCUCUCUCUGUCAUACUUCUCUCUUAUCAGUGUAGUGGCAUACCUGUCGCUGGCUCUUCUCACCGCAACUAUCAGCUUCCGCGUCUAUAAAAAUGUUCUGCAAGCGGUUCAGAAAACUUCAGAUGGACACCCCUUCAAGGACAUCCUGGAAUUGGACCUGACAUUGCCACAGGACAAGGUGCGAGAAGUGACAGACAUCGCUGUGGCCCAUGUGAAUGCAGCUGCUUUGGAACUGCGGCGGCUCUUUUUGGUCGAGGAUUUGAUAGACUCGGUUAAAUUUGGAGUGCUGCUGUGGUGUCUCACUUAUGUUGGCAACUGGUUCAAUGGCAUGACCCUCAUUAUCAUUGCAUUUGUGGCACUCUUUACGCUGCCCAAGGUGUAUGAACAUAACAAGGUACAGAUCGACCAGAACUUGGACAUAGUCCGAAGCAAAAUAGCAGAUAUUACAUCCAAUGAAGUGGAGAUGUCUUCCGUGCAGUCAGAUUUUGAAAAGCGUAAACAAAUUAGCGUGAGAGGGAUUGCACAGGUGGAAAAUGUGACCAACAUUAAGAAGGCUUUCAACAGACACCUCCACUACACGCUAGUCAAGGACCGCAAUGUUUCCACACCGAGGGAUUAUUAUUUCGCGUUGGCACACAGUGUCAAAGACAAUCUGGUCUCCCGGUGGAUUCGAACCCAGCAAUACUACUACGAGAAGGACCCCAAGCGUGUAUACUACUUGUCACUGGAGUAUUAUAUGGGACGAUCAUUGCAGAAUACCAUGAUCAACCUAGGGAUCCAAGGUGCUUGUGAUGAAGCCAUGUAUCAGCUUGGUCUCGACAUUGAGGAGCUGGAAGAGUUGGAAGAAGAUGCAGGUCUGGGUAACGGAGGCCUUGGGCGACUGGCUGCCUGCUUUCUUGAUUCCAUGGCAACUCUCGGUCUUGCAGCUUACGGCUACGGGAUCCGCUAUGAGUAUGGUAUCUUUGCUCAGAAAAUAAAGAAUGGAGAACAGACAGAGGAACCUGAUGAUUGGCUUCGGUUCGGUAAUCCAUGGGAAAAGGCCCGCCCAGAAUAUAUGUUACCAGUCAACUUCUAUGGUCACGUUGAGAACACACCUCAGGGGAAGAAGUGGGUCAACACGCAGGUUGUGUUCGCGAUGCCAUAUGACAGUCCAGUCCCAGGUUACGGUAACAAUGUGGUGAACACACUGCGACUCUGGUCGGCCAAGUCUCCCGUGGAAUUCAACCUGAAAUUCUUUAAUGAUGGAGAUUAUAUACAGGCUGUGAUAGAUAGAAAUAUUGCAGAGAAUAUCUCCAGGGUGUUAUACCCUAAUGAUAAUUUCUUUGAGGGCAAGGAGCUCCGUUUGAAGCAGGAGUAUUUCAUGUGUGCUGCAACUUUGCAGGAUAUUAUUCGGCGCUUCAAGUCUUCCAAGUUCGGGUGUCGUGAUCCUGUGAGAACGUCAUUUGACUCUUUCCCUGACAAGGUAGCAAUUCAGCUGAAUGACACACAUCCAUCUCUAGCUAUUCCUGAGCUCAUGAGGAUCCUCGUUGAUGUGGAGGGACUGCCGUGGGAGAAGGCUUGGGACAUCACAGUGAGGGCGUGUGCUUACACGAACCACACUGUUCUGCCAGAAGCACUAGAGCGGUGGCCCACAUCCAUGUUGGACAGCAUCCUGCCGCGCCAUCUGCAGAUUAUCUACCACAUCAACCACCUCCAUUUGCAGGAGGUACAAAAGAAGUUUCCGGAUGAUUGGGAACGUGUGAAACGGAUGUCACUUGUAGAAGAGGAAGGUGAGAAGAGGGUCAACAUGGCUCAUCUGUGCAUUGUUGGUUCACAUGCAGUCAAUGGGGUUGCCCAAAUACACUCAGAUAUCAUUAAAAAUGACAUUUUCCGUGAUUUCUAUGAACUGUCGCCAGAGAAGUUUCAGAACAAGACAAAUGGUAUUACUCCCAGACGGUGGCUGUUGCUUUGCAAUCCGUCCUUGGCCGAUCUCAUCGCAGAGAAAAUUGGAGAGGAGUGGAUAGUGCAUUUGGAACAGCUGCAGCAGUUGAAACAAUUUGCAAAGGAUACAAACUUUCAGAGGGCUGUCCAGAAGGUAAAACAGGAGAACAAACUGAAGCUGGCACAAUUGCUGCAGAAGGAAUAUGGUGUGAAGGUGAACCCAGCCUCCAUGUUUGACAUACAGGUUAAACGAAUUCAUGAGUACAAACGCCAGCUACUAAACUGUUUGCACAUCAUCACACUGUACAACCGUAUCAAGCGAAACCCUUCUGCCAACUUCACCCCUCGUACAGUGAUGAUCGGAGGAAAGGCUGCUCCUGGAUACUACACGGCAAAGAAGAUCAUCAAACUCAUCUGUUCUGUUGGGAAUGUGGUGAAUAAUGAUCCAAUUGUUGGAGACAAGCUUAAAGUUAUCUUCUUGGAGAAUUACCGCGUCACUCUAGCGGAAAAGAUCAUGCCAGCGGCAGACCUCAGUGAGCAGAUAUCUACAGCUGGGACAGAGGCUUCUGGUACUGGCAACAUGAAAUUUAUGUUGAAUGGAGCCCUGACAAUUGGUACUCUUGAUGGAGCCAACGUGGAAAUGGCCGAGGAGAUGGGUCAAGACAACAUCUUUAUCUUUGGGAUGACGGUGGAUGAAGUGGAGAAGCUGAAACACCAUGGAUACAAUGCGUAUGAUUACUACAACAGCAAUCCAGACAUCAAGCAGUGUGUGGACCAGAUUCAGAAUGGCUUCUUCAGUCCUGCCAACCCAGAUGAAUUCAGGGAUGUGGCUGACAUCCUGCUCAAGUAUGACAGGUUCUUCUUGCUUGCAGACUUUGAUGCAUACAUCAAGUGCCAAGACAGAGUGGGCGAAAUCUAUCAGGACCAGUCCAAGUGGGUUGAAAUGGCAAUCCAUAAUAUUGCCUCAUCUGGAAAGUUCUCCAGCGAUCGAACUAUUGCAGAAUAUGCAAGGAAGAUAUGGGGUGUGGAGCCUACCUGGGAGAAAUUGCCAGCACCACAUGAACCUCGCGAUGAAGAGCCGGUUGCUAAGAGGAAGACAAACUCUUCACGCUACAAUCGCCAAGUUUGUUUAUGCUUAUAGUCUCCUGGUUCAGGCUAUUCUCUUCCUGAAGAGUAAACAAGAAUCGACAUAACAGUAAAAGGUAA